AUGGACACUUCCGAAACAAUGAAUAUGGAUUCAUCUCGUCCAAUAAACAUUUCUAUUGAACGAAGCAUGCCAGAAGCUUAUCCCUAUUCAUCCUAUGAACAAAUUUCCACGGAUCAAAAAUAUAUUCCUUCAACGGCUGCUUAUGCUCAAGCGACUUAUCCAUCUCAAUCUCAACCAUCAGCCAUUUAUCAUAAUCGUCACUCUUUCAAUCACAUCACAUCGGACGAUUCUGGAAAUGAAUCGUCGAUAAACUAUCAGAAAAAAGCCAAUUCACAUUUUGUCGUUGUAGCAAUCGAUUUCGGUACAACCUUUAGCGGUUAUGCAUUCGCAUUUACACGAGAUAUUGAUUCGAUUUUAAUGAUGCGGAAAGUUGAUGGCAAUGAUCCCGGUGUAAUUAAUCAAAAGACGCCAACGACAAUACUGCUAACACCAAAUUUAGAAUUUCAUUCAUUUGGAUUUUUUGCAAGAGAUUAUUUUCAUGAUCUUGAUCUUGAUGAAGCAAAACGAUGGUUAUUUUUUGAAAAAUUUAAAAUGCAUCUUCAUCAUACACAAGAUCUUAAUACUCAAACAUUAAUUCCUGCUAGUAAUGGACGUAAAGUUCCUGCAUUAACAAUAUUUACUUAUGCAUUACAAUAUUUUAAAGAGCACGCUUUACGUGAACUUAGUGAUCAAUCAGGUACGAGAUUUGUUAAUGAAGAUGUUCGAUGGGUUAUCACGGUGCCUGCUAUAUGGAAACAAGCAGCGAAACAGUUUAUGCGUGAAGCAGCCUAUCAAGCUGGUAUUGCUUCAAGAGAAUUUCCUGAUCAAUUACUUAUAGCGUUGGAGCCCGAAGCAGCAUCGAUAUAUAUUCGUAAACUUCGAAUGCAUCAAUUCGUUCCUGAUGAAACUCCAACAUAUUCUCGUAAUUCAGUACGACGUGACCAUGGCACAUUAUCGUCUUCGCUUUCCAAUCAAUCAUCGCCAACUCUUUUCGAUUCUGAAAAAUUAUCAGUUGAUCAAAGCGAUUAUAGUACCAAUAAACAAGCAUUUGAAGUUGUUCUUGAUCGUGGCACACGUUAUAUUGUGGUUGAUUGCGGGGGUGGUACAGUCGAUAUGACGGUUCAUGAAUUAGAUAAUAAACUGGGAACUUUAAAAGAAUUAUAUAAAGCAACUGGUGGACCCUUUGGCUCAGUUGGUGUUGACCAAGAAUUUGAAAAACUCAUGUCUACAAUAUUUACUAAAGAACUCAUGGAAGAUUUUAAAAUGAAAAGGCCAGCUGGUUAUGUCGAUUUAAUGAUUGCAUUCGAAGCAAGAAAACGUACAGCCAGUCCAUUUAAACAUAAUUCAUUAAAUAUUUCAUUACCAUUUUCAUUUAUUGAUUAUUAUAAGAAAAAAAAGGGCUCAACAGUCGAAUCUGCUAUUCGUCGUUAUAAUGAUGUCGAUAUAAAAUGGUCAUCGCAAGGCAUGAUGAGAUUAACUCCCGAAGCUAUGAAACGUCUGUUUCAUCCAACAGUAGAAAAAAUAAAAGGUACUAUUGGUGAUGUCUUAAAUAGUCCUGAUGUUAAAGGAAUUCAAUAUCUUUUUCUUGUUGGUGGUUUUGCUGAGUCACCCAUACUUCAACAUGAAAUUCGUCGAGCUUUUUCAUCGAUUCUCAAAGUGAUUAUUCCUCAAGAUGUUUCACUGUCCAUACUGAAAGGCGCUGUUCUAUUUGGACUUGAUCCAACUAUUGUUAAUGUUCGUCGUUCCCGUUUAACAUAUGGAGUUUCCGUAUUGAAUCGUUUCGUUCCCGAUUAUCAUCUCAAUGAAAAGAAAGUCGUUAAAGAUAAUAUUGAAUGGUGUGCAGAUAUAUUCGAUAAAUUUGUUCUUGUCGAUCAAUCGAUUGGUCUUGGUGAUACCGUUGUAAGAAAAUAUACACCAGCCAGACUCAAUCAAGCACAAUGUGUCAUUUCGUUUUAUUGUUCCGAAUCAGAUAAGCCCAUCUAUGUCACAGAUUCAGGCGUGAGAAAAAUUGGUACUCUUGUUCUUGAUAUGUUCAAUGAUGGGUAUAUGUCCAUAAAUCGUAAUAAUUUUUCCUCAAGUUUUAAAGAUCGUCGACGUGAAAUUCAAACACGCAUGGUUUUUGGUGAUACUGAAAUAAAAGUUAGCGCACUUGAUAUGACCACUGGCAAAUGUGUACGAGCUACAAUUGAUUUUCUCAAUAAAUAA